GUACUGCGCGCAGGUGUCGACAUGUCGGCGCUGCCGCGCAACCAUGUCCUCCAACAGGCUACGUACUCCCCCGACUAUCUAACAUCAUCCCUCGACCUCGGGUACAAGGAAGCUGAAGAAGCGUGGUUCGCGCUCCUGCAACGUCAUCGACACAUUUACUUCGACACGAUGGCGCCGCUGGUCCAGUACAGCGUCGACGACAAACGUCGUCGGUACUGCAGCGCAACCCAGCUACAAACUGCAGCAGCGGCUAUUGAAGGGUCAACGUUGACCGUGAUGAAGCUGCAGCAGCAGCUCCUGGCGGCGUGGCACCGAGGCGCGAGUUUGUUUCAAGCGACGUGGCGAGGGCACGUAGCAAGGAAGACCAUGCGUGCAGCGAUGUGGGCCGCACGAAUCAAAAGAACAGAAUGGUUGUUUCGCAGAGCGCAAGGAAUACGGCGACUGGGAUUGGCCCGAAGGCACCGUCUCGCCCGGCAAGCUUGCCGCCACAUCAAGGGACUCGUUGUACGUGCCCACGUAAAUGCAAUGCGAAUUCAACGUCUCGCUCGGCAUUACUUGUUUCACAGCCGGCGGUGGCAUGCCGCGACGAGGCUCCAGAAAUGGUACGUCCACCGAGUGCGCCACCGAAACUUGACGACGGCGUUGGCGCGACUGCACGGAUUUCUGAAACGCCAGCGUCGCAAUGCGCUCCUCGAAGAGUAUGCUGCUGCUGCGUUAGACGCAAGGCAGCGCCAACGUGAGCGGGCGCAAGCUGUGUACUUCUCCAUGAAACCGGACCACGUCAUCGUCCACAGGAUGGUGGCAGCAAGGAAGCGCGUGGUGAAGGAUACACUGGGAACAUCCCGCCCCCCAAUGGCCCCCAACUCGAGUGCCCAUCGCAGCCGCGCCGUGCUGCCGCUGCCAAUGGCAACCAACAAAAUGAUGGCUGAAGCACUUGCCGCGCAGUCGUCGAUACACAAGCGUGACCGUAGGAUAAUCUGACCGAUCUAGCCAUCUUUCUU